AUAAGUUUUCCGAUUCUCAUUAGGACUGGAGGAUAUAAUCAUAUAAAAGUUGAGCUCUCACCACGCUGAGCAAAAACCCUAGACUCCAAGUACCCUGUUCCUCUGAAAACACCACGACGUACAAUACAGACAGACUUGACAUGGCGAGUGGUGCAGAUAAUAUCCCACGCGAACUGUUAGCGAACAUCGGAAACCGCCUCAACAGUAAAACCGAUGUUUCUAGAUUCCGUGCGGUCUGUAAGUCAUGGCGGUCCUCUAUUCCUCCCUUCAAGAACCUGCUCCAGUUACCCUCAGAAGCGUGGUUUGCAGUCGGAGAGGAUGGCAUAGAUAGUUAUUGCGUAGGCUUUACCCUCGUCGAGAGCGCAGUCUAUCAUAUCGCACCUCCCGCGGAUGAUGGUCCCCGGAAAAGAGGUUGGUUGAUUAAUGUCAAAGAAGUAGGUACUGAUCAGUUGAGUGAACAACCAACUCAUCGCAUGUUGCAUCCACUCUCCCGCUUAUUUGGAGGGCAGCCCAAGUCCUUGCCAAAGGUAUUCAACUUAUUGGAAUUUACGGUUUUUGAAGUGGCAAAAAUGUAUAGUCUAGUAUACGAUCAUGAGAUGCCUGAUGAUCAUUUGAAGGUGGCCGCAUCCUUGAAUCUCGAUUUCCCUGCUGUCAUGGCGAUUGAUCCAUUCGGAACGUUAUAUUACGGAGAGCUAGGUGGUGAUGUCGUAGAGUGCAUCAACUUCCCUUUGAAGUUGGACGACGUGUACCCUGGUUUUCAAGAUGUUAUAUUUUACAAAGGAAGGUUUUGUGCUGUGUGUCGUGAUGGGAGAGCUGUAGGGGUUGAUUCUUGUCUGAAUACGGAACUGAUUGCUUCUCCAUUAGCGAAUAGCUCUUGCCGUGACGACAAGAGGAAGAAGAAGUUGGUGGAGUCGUUGGGAGAGCUGCUUUUAGUCGAUAUGUAUUUAUACGGCAAGCCGUCGGACUUUACAUUCGAGAUUUUUAAGCUGGACGCUCACAAGAAGCAGUGGGUUAAGUUUGAGGCUCAGGCUUUGGAUGAUCGAAUAUUGGUUCUCGGAGAUGACGGCUGCUACUCCCUUUCUGCUCGAGAUUUCCCGGGAGUCGAGGGGAGAUGUAUUUAUUUCAAAGAGGCUCUUCAUUACAGGAGUUACAAGUGCAAUGAGUUGGAAAACAUGUCCAGAGAAAUUGCAGUGUACAGCUUGGAUUCAGGCCGUGUCUCGCAGAUAACUGAUUUUCCAAGUUUGAACAUAUUUUGUCCACCCACAACCUGGAGAUGGCGCAUCAUGAACAAGGCUGCGAGGAAGAGAAAGAUGUGGUAAGAAGAAACGGACAUUGUUCAAGUUCUUGUUCUUCAUUGAUUCAUGUAUCUCUUUCUUAACAUCCAUAUUCUUUCUGAUGGCAAAUUCGUAACCAAAUUAUGCUGCUCAUUAUGUAGCUUAGCCGAA